CUUGAGUCCCUCUUCACUCGCAGUCUCAAAUGUCGAAGCAUCAGCAGCCAAUCGUCCUCUCCGACGAAGAAGAAGAAGAAAAUGACCAGAAUGCCCUCUCCUCACCUCCUCCAUUCCAACCAUUCCACUGCUCUAAUAAGAAACGCCGAACCGAACUCUACCCCUACCCAAACUUCAAUACUCAGACUCCGGUUCUCGUCCUUGACGACGACGACGACCUGACCAGACCGACACGGAAGCCACCAGGCCCCACCUCACCCCACUACUUCAGGGUCCUUGACGAGUCUCCAUGCUCAAAAGCCCCUUCCGACUCCCAAGCAAGCGUUUCAGAUUCCCCGAUCAAGUUCUCCGGCAUUAAUGACUUGGUAUUUCUGGAAUCUGAUAAUGAGUCUGAAAGUAGUUCUGGAAGGGAAAGGGGGAAGGAUAACAAAUCAAUUGCUAGUGGUUUUGGUGUGGCGAAGGGCUUAGAUUGGAGUUCCAGAUUUGUUGAAUCCACAUCUUCUCUUGGACAUGACAGUCUAGCACAUAUGUCUGAGGACUGUUCUGCGCAUCCUGUUUCUUUGCAAGAUGCUUUUGAUAUUAAUCAGGUACUUGAUUAUCCUCCUGACAAAGAAAAUAGAAUGGAUCAGAUGGGCAACAUUGUGAAACAGAGAAGAAAAACUAAAGCUAUUACUGAAAAAAGUAUUAGAGACGAAGCAAUGGGUAGAAGGAAGAUGGCGAAAGAGGGAAGGAUACGCCUAAUGGAAGAAAAGAAUCUAAAGAAGCAACAAGAGAAGUUGCAAAGAGCAGCUCUGAAAGCUGAAGCAGCAGAGAUGAAAAAGAUUCAGAAAGAACAACAAAAGCGGGAAAAAGGAAAGUUUGCUGUGAAAUCCAUAGUGGCUGAGAUUGACCUUAAAGUAGUGGAAUUGGGGUCAGUUGGAGGAAAUCUGCUUACAAGGUUUGCUGAAAGGGGGAUCACAUACCGUAUAACAUCAAAUCCAAUUGAAAGAUCAAUUGUCUGGACCAUGACUGUUCCAGAACAUAUUUCGCAGAGUUCUCCUGAACGAAUAGAGAUUCAAUAUGUAUUGCUCGUGUAUGAAGCUGAAGAAUUUUGUAACCUUGUCAUCAAUGAAUCUCUCUUGGACCAUGUUUUUAGUGUUCGAAGUCGUUAUCCAUCCUAUACAGUGUGUUAUCUUACAAAUAGGUUGAUGGCAUAUAUUAAUAAAAGGGAACAAGAAGUGUACAAGAACCUAACAAAGGAUAAUGAUUGGAGACGCCCGCCUGUUGAGGAGGUGCUGGCAAAAUUGACCACUAAUUUUUUUAAAGUACAUUCCAGGCAGUGCAUAGAUGAGGCUGAACUUGCUGAACACAUUGUUGGUUUGACGUGCAGCCUCUCAUCCUGCCAAUUUAGAAAGAAGUUAACGAGACUGGACGUAAAUGCUAAUGGACCUCUUAUGAUUAAGGACUGUGUUGACCGGAAUAUAAUUAAUAAGAGCGCAUGGUUAAAAGCUUUGGUAGCUAUCCCAAAGGUACAGCCACGGUUUGCUAUUGCUAUAUGGAAGAAGUACGCUACCAUGAAAUCUCUGUUGAGUGUUUACAUGGAUCAAAAUGUAUCGGUUCAUCAAAAGGAAUUUCUGCUGAAGGACUUGGUAACUGAAGGUUUACUUCGCGAUGACAGAAGAGUGGGUGAGGUUUGUUCCAAGAGAGUGUACAGAAUACUUAUGGCACAAAGUGGAUCCAUUAAAACUGAUGAUGUUGAGGAUGGUGCUGAUUUGUUUAGGCGUCAACUGGCUUAAAUAACUCCAGAUUUGUCUAUUACUUGUAUUCUGCGGUAGCGCUCUGAUUCCUUUUUGGUAAAUGUUAUUUUCAGAGCCUUAAGUAGUAGUUCUUGCUGUGUAAAGUACAACUCAUUAAUGUCAAGAAAAAAUGUAAAUAUUCUUGCGGUUUUGGUAUAUCAAAGGGAAGAGAAUUCAGACUUAGCAUCUCAUCGAAUAUUGGGAAAGGAGGUACCACUCUUCAA